GUACUUAAUAAUAUCUUAUAUUUAUUCAAGAAUUUAUAAUCAUAUUUAUGCAAACCUAUCACUAUGUUCAGGAUAUGAAGGAAAAAUGAGGAAAUACAUAAGGAGUGGUUUUAUUGUCAAUACCCAUACUUUUAGUCAACUUGGUGAUUCAUGCUUAAAGCUUGAUUAAAGUUUAGCAAUUCAAAUUUAUUUUCAUAAUACACAUUGAUUCCACAAGACAAGUAAAACUAUGAAUGAGGUAAUAUUUAUAUACUGCUUUCAAACUUUAUAGAUUUCAAGUCACUCAACAAUUUUUUUUGACCAGCUUUAUUAUUAGAAUUUUUGCAUUGAUUGUGGGCAUCCAGAAAACUUCUUGAUUUCAACAUCAACAUAAAGACAUCAUCCACUGUCAUGGAUUUUUCAUCAACAUCUGCAUUUAGUGGGGUUUUUAUGAUUGUAUCCAAAUAGAGACCAGUUGCUUGGCCAUUUUCUAUUUGAUGGAAGAAAUUGUUAGGAGAAUAGAGAUAAUGACUGUUCAAGAGUUGGUUUAUGUAUCCAUUCUUCUAGAGAAAGACCACUAUAUACAACCAUAUUAUACAAGAAUUUUACGAGAUUAUUCCUCCAGUUUAUUGUAAUGUGUAUAUGAGAUGGAACCUACAAGAAUUCUGCAACUCCCAAUUGGCCAAUGUCCAAACCGCAACAGGACUUCAUUAUUCUGUUCCUUCCUGUCAUUAUGGAAACCAGCCAUCGACCUAUGGAGUGAUGGCAGGUAGCUUAGCCCCUUGUCUUUACAAGUUUCCUGACCACACCUUGAGUCAUGGCUUUCCUCCCAUGCACCAGCCUCUUCUGGCAGAAGACCCCACCGUCACUGAUUUCAAGCAGGAACUCAGGCGGAAAAGUAAAUUGAUUGAAGAGCCCAUAGACAUGGAUUCUCCGGAAAUCCGAGAACUUGAGAAGUUUGCCAAUGAAUUUAAAGUGAGAAGAAUUAAGUUAGGAUACACCCAAACCAAUGUUGGGGAAGCCCUGGCAGCUGUGCAUGGCUCAGAAUUCAGUCAAACGACUAUCUGCCGAUUUGAAAACCUGCAGCUCAGCUUUAAAAAUGCAUGCAAACUAAAAGCAAUAUUAUCAAAAUGGCUGGAGGAAGCAGAGCAAGUCGGAGCUUUAUACAAUGAAAAAGUGGGAGCAAAUGAAAGGAAAAGGAAGCGAAGAACAACUAUAAGUAUCGCUGCUAAAGAUGCUCUGGAGAGACACUUUGGAGAACAGAAUAAACCUUCCUCUCAAGAGAUCAUGCGAAUGGCUGAAGAACUGAAUCUUGAGAAAGAAGUAGUAAGAGUUUGGUUUUGCAAUAGAAGGCAGAGAGAAAAACGGGUGAAAACAAGUCUGAAUCAGAGUUUAUUUACUAUUUCUAAGGAGCACCUUGAAUGCAGAUAAAAUUUACUAUUGUGUAACAUCCAAUUUUUCUGUUUUUCUUUCCUUUCUCUUCCCCAACAAAAAUAGAAAUUAGUUAUUUGGUUGGCUUCAAAAAUUUUGUAUCAACAACUUUUGCAGACACUUUUCUACUUUAAAAAAUUAAUACACUUUAAAUAUUGGUGACUUAUUUUCUUUAAAAUAUUCUCAGAAGCCAAACUGUAUAUUUUUAAGCCAAAGAUACCAAUAGGAAUAAAACAAUAAUUCUUUCAAAGUCUUUCUCACUCCCUCUUUAUCUACACACGCACACAUGGAGUGUGCACAUGGGUCUUUCAAGAUUCCUUUUCCCAAGGCUGUUUAUUAGCUUUUUAAUAUUUCAGUCAUAAUGCUAAAUAAAGAAUAUCACCAUAGAAAAUACAAUUAGAAAAUUGUGACCAAUGUCCUGUUUACCAUCAGCACUAAUAGUUUGUUUGAACUAAAUUGUUUGCACUUAAGAGCUGGAGGUGCGUUAGAAUUUUAUUAGUGCUUUUAGGAAUAAAUCUUAAUUAGAAGUGACACUUUUGAUCUUUUUAUUCUUCCCAAAGAUUUAGCUUUUUUGAUGUUUAUUUAUAGAAAAUAGGCUUUAUGGAUUCUGAACCCAAACUAUUUUGUAAGCUGCAACAGUGCAGGAAUGAUGUCUGGCUUAUUUACUGUUGUUUGUCCAGUGCCUAGGAAAGUGCUUGUAGUGAGCACGCGAGCUUCGUUAAAUGAAGAAAUGUGCUGUUGUGAUAUUACCAAUGAAGGAGUGUGCUGUUAACAAUUGCUACAAACUUGAAGGGUGCGUAAUUUAAUAACACUAUUAUUUAAGUCUCACAACCCAGAAAAUCAUCAGGAUCCUAUGAAAAAGACUAUCACUUUGUUUUAAUUGGCUAGAAUAUGAUUUGUUAUUGAUGAAAAAGUUUGACAAUCGAGUAUUUUAAUUUAGCGAUUUAUAUCUAAGGAACAUAUUUAAUUUAUAAGAAUGAACUUCUUUGAAACUUGCAAAUAGAAGCAAAUGGUAACAUAAUAGCAAUCUAAGUGAUUUUUUUUUGCAUUGAAAAUAUAAAUCUGCUGGCAAUGUUUAUUUUAUAUAACAAAAAUGGAAACAAUUAGACCAAAUUUUAUUAAUGAUUUAGAAUGCUUAAUAAAUUACACUGUCCAGUCUGCUUUUAGUGAUACUAAUAAAGAUCAAACAUUAUUUAAUA